AUGGCCGCCUUGCUGUUAGCAGUUGCAUUAGAGCGCCGUAGGAGAGGGACUAUUCCGCAGGUACGCGUUUUUCGAGAUAGAGAAAAUCCUCUCGACUUCAUGGAUGAUGUUGAUUUGAUAAAAAAGUAUAGAAUGAACAGAAAUGCCAUUUACGAUCUCUGCGAGGCGCUCAACAAUGAUCUAAGCCGUCCAACCAAAAGAAGCAAUGCACUUCCGGUAUCUCUCCAAGUACUGAUGGCAUUGAGAUAUUAUGCAACUGGAAGUUUUCAAUCUGUAGUUGGUGAUGGUUAUAGUGUAAGCAGUAUGUCAGUAUCGCGUUGUGUACGCGAUGUUUCAUAUUUUAUAACACGGCGUCUACAAAAUGAAAUAAAAUUUCCCCUACUUGGUGAACAGCAACGACUGGAAAAGCAAAGAUUUUACGAGAUUGCGCAGUUUCCGCAUGUUCUUGGUACAGUGGAUGGGACAUUAGUCCCCAUGAUGAUGAACAUAUUUACGUUACGCGUAAGGGAUUUCAUGCGCUGA